GCUUAAUAUUAAGACUCUGGGAGGACUGGGGGCGAGGUAGAAAUGUUGGAGCUGGCUGGGGUUGGUGUUAUGAGGGAGCAAAGUCUCCUGGAAAAUGGAGAAGAAGCUUAUUCUUUAGACCCCAGGAGGAUGUGAUAGAGAACUGAAAACUCCAAGUCAGAUUGGAAAAGAGGAAACAUGAAAUAGAAAAAGUUGAGUUGGAGGGGAAAACAAAAUGUGCAAAGGGCUUUCUUUCCUCUUUGCCCCGACAUUUCCCACUCCUGAUCUAAUGAUAGGGGUGUCACACCUAUGUGUGAGACAAGGCACAAGCCAUUGUGGAGGAAAGAAUCACAGAAGAAAAGGCGUUUGCACCUUUGCUGCAACAGAAAGUGAGAGAGAAUCCUUCUGACUCUGACUCUGGCUCUGUUGAUGUCCUUUCCUCUGUUCAAAGAAGCAGUAUCAAGGAUGGGAAGACCUUUGCUCUCCGUUACUCUCCUUUCUUUCUUGAUGAGCCUGGGCUCAGGUUGGGCAUGGAGUACUCCUGAUUGCACCAUAGCAGACAGCUCACUGUUAUCUAACAUCUCCUACUACAUCCCAUCCUGUCCCUUGGCACCAGGACUGCACCUUUUUGCAUCAUGUUCCAAUGUUAGUGACCUGGCUCAGACUCUGACAGCACUGCCCAGGAGAUUAGAGGCACUAUGCCUCCAGGGCACAGUUCCUGUCCUGCCAGCUGAUGCUUUUGGACACUUCCCUACACUACAGCUACUGAGGCUGCAGCUAGGCACUCUCAGAAUUACAUCUGGAGCAUUUCAGGGAUUGGACCAGCUACAGCACCUUUUCUUUGAGCAUCCCACUCCAUGUUGCCUGAGUCUACUCCUCCCUUCAGAUGCUCUCGAGCCCCUCAGAUUCCUCAACAGCCUUUCAUUCCAAGGCUAUUGCCUGAAUUCUAGCCAGAACAUCCAGUUGCCUCUCAGUCUUAGUCGUCUGACUCUGAGGCACAGCUGUCUGACAGAUCUGCAGGAAUUGCAAGGACUCUUCCCAAGCCUUGUGCCUGGUUCCUCUCCUACUGCCAUCUCUAGCCCAUGGCCCCCAUUUCUGGAGGUUCUGGAUCUCUCUGCCAACAUGCAGCUGAGUCGGGUUGGUGUCAAAACCUUGCGUGGCCUCCAACUCCAUUCUCUGAGACUGGAUGGCACUCCUCUGAGUGCAUUAGAGCUCCUUGCCUCAGGGCUGCUUCACCUGGAUUCCCUCUCCCUUGUGGAUACAGGUGCAGAAAAACUGCCUGGGAAUGUGACAGCCUACUUUGAGCUUUCUACACUCGAUCUUGGAAGGAACCAAAUCCAGCACAUAGGGGAUGAGGACCUCUCAGGCUACCACUCCUUAGAACACCUCAACCUUCAUGCCAAUGGUCUGCAUUCACUGCCCACUAGGUUCUUGAGUGCCUUGCCCCAGCUUCAAAGGCUUAACCUGUCAAUGAACAAGCUGGGCCCAACCUUAGCGCUCCCAGAGGGGCUGGUCAGCUCAAACCUGAGAGUGCUAGAUCUGUCCCACAAUGAGCUCAGUGCUCUUCCCUCUGGGGCCUUCUCCUCUCUUCCUCAACUCGAGGAGCUCUGGCUGGGUGGUAACAACAUCUCUAACUUAUCCAGUGAGGCCCUAGAGGGGUUGAGGUGGCUGAAGACCCUAGAUCUAAGUUGGAACCAAAUUAAGGUGCUGAAACUGGGCUGGCUCUCCUCUCUUCCUGCUCUCAUCUCACUGAACCUCCUGGGGACUUAUAUAGAGAAUUUCUCUGGCCGGCUGCUUCAGGGCCCCCAGAAGCUGAGCCAUCUAUGGCUGGGUUCUCCUGAGAUCCUGGAGCUCUACCCUCCCUGGCCUUUGACACUGCUCAGCUUAGAAGUAUGGGCACAAUCGUACAUCCAGUUCAGAAUCCCACGUGGAAAACCCUUCCAGUUCUUGGAGAGCCUUACCUUACAAGCAUCUUAUGUGUUGCUGCACCCAGGCAACAACACAGUCCAUUUCCCUUCCCUGCGUCACCUCACCCUGAGAGGCUGCAGCCCCGGUAUUUUCUCUACCCAUAAAUCCCAGAGAUUCUUCCCACAGCUGCAUUCCUUGGAGCACCUGCACUUCUGGUCUUAUCAUGGGGGUACAGAAGGCCUACAACUGUUUGGGCUGCCCAGGCUGCGAGUGCUGGAGCUAGGGAACCUGGACAGCCUCUCUGAAUCAAGGCCUGUGAAUCUGGAGGUGCUACUGGAGGAUCUGCCUCAAUUAGAAGUACUGGCAUUGAGCAAUCUAAACCUUGGGAACCUCUCAGUCUCCAGCUUCAGGGGCUUGGGCCUCCUCCAGCUGCUGCUGCUGAACUCUGAAUGGGCCCUGGGGCUGGACAGCAGCCUCCAGGAAUUCAUUCCCCAGAUGCCUCAAUAUGUGUAUUUCUCAGAUGUCACUUUCAUCUGCCAGUGUGAAAGCUCUUGGGUAGGGCCUUGGGCAGCACGGGCCCCAAAUACCUUUGUGUAUGGGCUAGAGAAAUCUAUCUGCAUGGCCAAUGCCUCCGACUAUUUCAAGACUCCAUUGCUCUCUUUCCUUUCUGGUCACUGCCCAGAUAAUCUUGAGCUUCAGAGCUUUCUAACCAGCUUCACUCUGGUGGUCUUGGUGAUCAUUUUUGCUUUGCUUGGCUGCCCUAACUGGUCCUGGCUCCACCAUCUCCAGGCUCUAUUUCAUGCCUGGUGGCGGAAGUUGGGUGGCCGGAACUACAGAAGCCAAUACCACUAUGAUGUCUUUAUAUCUUAUUGCAGGCAAGACCGAGCCUGGGUGUUGGCAGAGCUGAUUCCUGCCCUGGAAAAGCCUCUUCCAGCUGGCGAGGGCUUGAGGUUAUGCCUACCAGAGAGGGAUUUUGGGGUUGGACAGGAUAGGAUGGAAACAACGGCGGCCAGCAUAGAGAGCAGCAAAACCACCCUGUGCGUGCUCAGCCACCAGGCCCUGGGCAGUCCCUGGUGCAAUCUAGAGUUAAGGCUGGCCACCUACCGCUUGGUGGCCAAGCCUGGGACUACUAGCCUCCUGCUGCUCUUUCUGGAGCCUAUUGAUCGGCGGCAGCUGUGUAGCUACCACCGUCUUGCCCGGUGGCUUCAGAAGGAGGACUACUUGCAUUUGCCCCAAAGGAGUGCCGACUGGGAGGCUUUCUGGGAGCAGCUUCGGAGAAGGCUGAGGAAAGCUGUACAAGAGAAAGAGGAUUAGUGGACUAUAAAAGAGAGGUUCAGCCAUAUGGGAAUACCUCCCAACAGGUCCCUGGGUUACCGUCACAUCACUGGAAGCAGGCUCACAGAUGGGUCUCUAGGCAAUGCUUAGCUAAAGCCCAAUUUUCCACUAAAAAUAAUACAAAUAAAGAAAUCAAAUUCCAUUGGGUAAUAUAUUUAAAAGCACUUGGAAGCAAACAAGGUAUCAAUUCAAAAUAAAUAAAUAAAUAACUCUACUACCUGCUAGUCCCCUCACAAGAUAGGCACUGUCUAAGAAAGAGCACAGGGAUGUGUUUUCUAAAAUGACUUCCGCAUUUUUCAAAAUGAAUUUGUUCUGCCUCUGUUGAAAGCAAUGUAUUUACUUGGACUUGCUAAAUAUUCUACUUUAUUCUGGAAGAAAGGCCAAGAAUCAAUAAGCUAUGUGUUAGUGCCUGGAAAUUGGACCAAAACCAAGUUUCAAAUUCACAAAUUGUCCAACAAAUUCAGAGAGAUUUCCUAACUCGUGACAUUCUCGUGAUAACUGUAUUAUGUAGGUGGGAGCAAUAAUUUGAUCCCAUGUUACACAUUGGGAAUCUAAGCAUAUAAAGGUUAAGUGAUGUACCACACUCCCACAGCUACUAUAUCACCAAGUUCAAAUCUAGACCUCUGAGUGAUAAUCCAGUUCUCUACGCUUGUUACUCUACUGUCUUCCAGUCAUCCCUAACCAAUGACAAAUUACCAAGCUACAAACUUAAAACAGGAAGCCUGGCAAAUAUAUUUCAAAUACACAUACAUAUGAUCUAUUUUCAAGAACUGUUUCUAAAGAGGAGAACUUAUGGUACAGUGGUUAAGAACUCCUCUGCUAACCAAAAGGUCAGGAGUUUGAAUCCAUCAGCCACUCCUUGGAAACUCUACAGGGCAGUUCUACUCUGCCCUAUAGAGUCUCUAGGAGUCGGAAUCAACUUGAUGGCAACAGAUUUUUUUUAAAAGAAAAGUAACAAAUUCCAGUAGAUUUACAUAAAAUAUUUUAAGUGCCCCCAAAGAGACAAAUGAUUAGAUAAGAAAGAAUACACUCAUAAGAACGGAAUAUCAUGAAUCCACGAAUAAUCAUGCUUCGAGGAAUACUCAGUUCUACAGAAAGAGAUUCAUGACAUAAUAUUGAAAAAAAAUAUUUACAUACUCCAUGUACUAUGAUUCCAAUUUUGAAAAAAGAAUUUCAUAUGUAUCUAUCUAAUGUCUAAAAUAUGUACAGAGAGAAGACUAGAAAUGUAAACUAGAAAUGACGCUAGAAAUGGGAUUAUAGAUGAUUUCAAUUUCUUCCUAUACAUUUAUGUAUUAUUCAUUUUUUCUAAAAUACACAUUUACUUCAUAAUAAAAUAAAAUCAAUGCUUUAUCAUAAAAUAAUUUAACUAAUAAUUUGAUAAAAAAUAAUUUAGCUAGUUUAAAUAGUUCUCAGCUUUGUGGUGACACAGCAGCAACGGGAGCUUGUGAGAAAGUAUGGGUGCUAAAAUCUAAAGAAAAAAAAGGAAAAGAGUUGAAAAGCCACUAAACAAACUGUAUCCACUUCAGAGACUAUCUGUGCGGAACCAUCCCUAGCCCAACUCAAGAGUCACUCAGAUUCGACUUUAGAAAGUAGAAGCUUUCCACAUUUAUCUUUUCUGGAUAAAAGACCAAUUUCUUCAAUUAAUAGAGCUGGGCUCUUUGUAGUCCCAUGGCAUAACUCCAGAACUUUGCUGACCGAGCCACAGUUCAACAUUUCCUUUCCUUUGUCCCUUUGUCCUGAUGUCAACUAGUAGCCUUUGGAAAAUACUAUUCCUUUGUAUUCAUUUUAAUGAAAACCUCAAUUUCUCAUUAACCUCAAUAUUUUCCAUAACAUUCUUUUAUGUCACUGAGGUUACCCAGCUAGGUUUUCAUUUUCUCUUGACACUUCUUGGAUGUGUAUCAUGGAGGUUCAGAAUUGAAAGAAAUUUGUAUCUGAUGCUUGCAUCCCUUCUACCACUUCCCCAGCCUCUGUUUGAUCAGAUCCUUGACAGAAGGUAGCCUCCUUCCAAGGUUUACUCAUUCCAUCACUACAGAUUUCUCUGACAGAAAGUUAUUCUCUAUAUUGAGCUAACAUGUGUCUUCCUAUAACUUUUACCCACUGCUCUUAAUUUUAUACUUUGAGGUUUAAAUGGGACAAAUUCAAUUCCUCCAUUAAGUGAUCAUUUGUUCCAAUUGAGUCUCCUCUUCUCCAACUUAAAUAUCCCAUUCCUUCUACUAAUUUCCAUAUUUUAAGUCCCAUUUCAGUGUUCUCCCCCAAAUUCAUUGCCUUUUAUCCAUUUACUUAUUAGAUUAUGAAAACUAGAGCUUCCGUAGGGCUCUAUAUUUCACCCACAUAGAAUCAAACAGGAUCAUCUUUCUGUUUUAAAUCACUGCUUCCAUUUAUACCAUCUAAAAUCACAUUAUUGCUUAGGGCAAUCAUACUGCUGAUUUAAAUGUUUGAAUUACUUUUCUCUCACUGAACUGGGAUUGAAAGGACAAAUUCACAAAACAAAUACGAUGAUACCUUACGGUCAAGUAUUGACAUAACAAUAGGUGCUGAUCUAAAAAUUCCAACAUUACCACAGCACACUUAGGCUGGUAUAUUCGUAAAAUUGUGGAUAGAAGGAAAUAAAUGGGGUAAUCCUCUGAAGAAUUUUGUAAAUUGUUUGCAAAAACUAACCUCUGUCUUUAUAUGAUUUGGCUAUGUAAAACCCCUUGCUUUUACAUUUUCUUUCCUGAAUCAUAUCUUAUCUCUUUUGUGGGAAAACAUAACUGUAUUGCUAUAAAAAUAUGUAUGGACACUUGUGAUCCAAGGCUUAAGGCCAACUUAUUCUUCAGCUUAACCCAGGCAGCAUCAUCUUUCCCUUUUCCCAUAGAGGUUGAAACAAUUUAGAUCUCAGUUAAAGAACUGCUUUCGGAAAUCUAGCCAAAACUUUCUCACUGCUAUCCUUAGAGGAGGCCACUGGGAGACGCCAGGUAAUCCAGGAGGCUCGAAAACAAACCUUGGCAUAAUUAAUAAAAAGUGCAUGGGGAACCAGAGACCAGCAGUAAGAACAGCGUGCUCUGAUUCACCACCCCCCCCAAGAUGGGCUGCCAAGGAAACCAUAGCCAGAGUUCAGAAAAUGUCUGCUACAUCCUCUCCUUUGGAGACACGAAUGUCGUAGGUCCUUCCCAGAUCAGGAAAGACUUCAGCGCCUUUUAUAUCAGCAUGCCACCACAUUUUCAGCCUAUUUAAGCAACAUAGUCACCACUUGGGCUUCAAAUCAUUGCCGUACUUGGUGAGGUUACCUUCAAACACUACCCCCCUUUAGAUGCCUCCUAAGAAGCGUGGACGUGAGCACCACUGUCCUUGACUUUGCUGCACACUUUCCACUGCUGACAUGGGAAGCCGAGGAGACAGAGGCUGACUUGCAUCCUCCAGGGGAGAGCAGCCUACAUUUGGAAGUCUACCCUUACAGAAUUCUAGAAUUCUCACACACGAGCUUCAGGUAAGGUGCAGCUCAGACAGCUUCUGAAGUGUUUUUCCCUUUCUUCUAACACUGCAUUUUA